AUGAACACCAUGCAGUUCUUCAGCGUCUUCCUGCUGCUCCUGGGUGUGUCCCUGGGUUUGGCCGCUCCUUCAGAGCUCCAACAAGUGAAGCUUGAGCGCGGGGACUGUCCCAUGUUCUGGUACAGCUAUAACGGUCGCUGUUACAAGUACGUGGCCACUCUUAUGACCUGGGCUGAUGCAGAGCUGCAAUGUGUGUCCCAGGGCGCCAACCUGGUGUCCAUCCACAGCGUGGAAGAGAACAACUUUGUGAAGAAUUUGAUCCAGAAUUUUGAUCACACUCUGGGACAAACUUGGAUUGGACUCAGUGACAUCCACUUGGAAGGGGCGUGGAUGUGGUCUGAUGGUUGUCCACUGCGUUUUCAGUUGUGGAAUAGCGAAGAGCCUAACAACAAGCUAGGAACAGAACACUGUGUGUUAAUUGUCAAAAAUUGGAAUGAUUACUUUUGCUCACAAUAUGCUCCUUCUAUUUGUGCAACACGUAAAGCUGUGUGUUAACAUUCUGUUCUCAGUUCUGUGAUUCAAGUCUGUUCCAAGACAAAAACAAUGAUGAUGAACAGAAAGAAAAUAAAACAUAUGUUGAUCUAUGAUAAAA